UCCAACACAACAUCACCGCAAUGCUAGCUCCGCAUUAGCCUAGCCACCGUUACUCCCGAAUACUUUACCUAAAGUAGCUUUAAACGAAUUUAUCCGGCAUUAUUAUUAUUAUUAGUGUGUGUUUAACAACCGUUGCCACAAAAUGUCGAGUAGGAAGAGAUCGAAGGAGAAAGACGACCGGCGCGAGCACAAACGACACAAGACGACGUCCAAGGAGGACGACGAGAAGCUUAAAAGUCAGAUGAAGAGACUCAACCAACAAGUACAAAACCUCAAACACAUCGAGACUUUCUAUGAAAAACCUCCACCUGGAUACAUUAAGGAGCACGAGGAGAAACCCGAGGACUGCAUUCCUGCCGAACCGGGAAAUGAGGACGCGCGCAGCUUCCUGGCCAACGCGCCCACGAAGGGCCUGUGGAUGCCGCUGGGCAAGGAGGUGAAGGUGAUGCAGUGCUGGAGGUGCAAACGCUACGGCCAUCGCACGGGAGACCGGGAGUGUCCGUUUUUCAUCAAAGGCAACCAGAAACUGGAGCAGUUCCGCGUGGCCCACGAAGACCCCAUGUACGACCUGAUUCGGGAAAACGAAAGAAACGAGAAAGAAAGCAGGAUCCAGCAGCUGCAGCAGCUUCUCCAGGACACCACGUCCUCGUCCUCGUCCUCGUCCUCGUCCUCCGACUCGGACAGCGGCAAGAAGAGGAAGAAAAAGAAGGGCAAGAAGAAGAAAAAGAAGAAGCAGCGCAAGAAGAAGCACAAGCACGAGUCGUCCUCCGAGUCCGAUUGACUCGCGGUAAUGGAAGUCGAAGUCAAGAAAUGCACCCUUAAGACUUGUUCCUCCCGCAGGUGUCGAGUCCCCUAUCGUCCAGGAGAAAACAUGAUGAUUUUUUUUCUUUCAGAUGUUUGCAUCAUUUUUGUAUCCCCGUCCUCUUUGGUUUCUGUGAAAGCACUCUAUUGACUACGGAGUGCGUAACGGAAACCGCGCACCGCCGCGCUCUGGUGUAAACCCUCAGGACGCGACUGCGCAGCAUACUUGGGAUGGUUUGAGGUUUGGGGGUUGUUUGCGCUGGAAAAGAGUCGACUCGGCGGGUGAGGAAUGUACGCCGAUGUUUGCCGUGUCCUGAGAAUAAAGACAAGUUUUUGGUUUUUUUUUUUCCCACCGUGCUUGAACUCCCAACUCCUAAAGAUGUGACGAAGAACUUGCUGUGGCUUGGUCCCACUUUUCAUACUCUUCCAUCUGUCUGGAAUUUUGUGAUCACCGUCCCCCCAAUCGCUUUAUCAUCUAUCACUCUCGCUCAGUUGAGGCAGAUAGUCGCUUAUAAGCGAAGCUUCUCUCCGAGGUGUCUUCCUUGCGUUCUGUUGGAUAGCUUUAAUUGAAGACGACGACAAAUGUUUUUAAUCGACUCAAAGUCGGCCAGUCGAUCUGGAAGAACAGGUCCCAAUUUAUGCUUGGUUUUAGGUCGGAAUGCUGCCAUCGUUUGGUCCGCGGCCAAGGCCUUACGGCCUGCCGCAUUUGAAAUGAAAAGUUAGUAUUGUGACACUAUUUUAAGAUCCGAUGCCAAAAUAACCGGGUAAAGGCUAACCCCUAAGCCCUAAUGUCAUUUCAACACCUGGUGUGCCAAGAAACUGAGAUCAGUGAGAUGAAAGCAAUUUAUCAUUUACUUCUCUGCGAAGCAAGUACAGUAUAUAAACAACCAGCGAUAAGAACCAGUCACUCGUUCCCAAAUUUGGUCUCGAGCUGGACUAUUACCAGAAUCAGAAUCCCAAAUUUGGUCUCGAGCUGGACUAUUACCAGAAUCAAUACUGCAGUCUUUCAAUCCAAAGUCAACGUUUCACUUUAGGAAAAUGAAUUAGAAUUAUUCCAUCUUUCUAAGAGAUAGAAGCAGCUACUUAGUUCCUGUGGUGUUAGAUGUUCGAACCUGAGCAACCGAUGAUACGAGAGCUUCUGAGUCUUGUCCGUUGAUUGCGGCGGUAAUCUCCCAGAUGGGAUUCAGGCCUUGGAGCGAGCCGGUAGCGAGGUUUAGUGGUCCUGGGGAGUUUUAUCAGAGCGUUCGGUCGUCUUCAGUCUGAUUGAGUUGCUAAGACCAGACAGGUUUCAGAAACAGCAGGUAAGAGUUUAUUCUACAAGAGUAUAGCUCUUCAUGUGGGGAACAAUGGUUUUCACCUUGGCAGCGAGAAGCGUCUGGAUCCGAGUGAAAGAUUUCCACACACUUGAACGAAUAAAGCUGCCGUCUCGUUCCCUCGCAGCUGCGUCGGGCGAAGCGACUCGCUGCCUUUGACAUCCCGCUGCGCAGCUUUAAAUUCAAAUGCGGCCCCGGAUAGAAGGAUUACUGUUGCCGGCUCCCGCUUCCAGUUAGAAAACAUAGCCGCCAUUUACGAGCGCAAACGCAUCUGAGGGGAGAAGCGCUUUAGCGUUGAUUAGCUUCGAUUGUUACGAUGUUGCUCCAAGCACAUCUUCAACCUUUUAAACUUUUAAAACUGUCCGCUGGCAAACCUCAUCGACAUAAUCCCGUGUGUCUGUGUGAUGGUUUUAUAUGAACAUUUACCAAACUACACAGAUGUAGUAAAACCUCCAGAGGAAGCUGGUGAAACUGAUUUGUUCUCUUCAACUGUACAGGCAUGCAAAAUAAUGUAGCCACAUUUAAUAUAAAGACUUACAAACUAAAUGCUCAGAUUAAAUGAAGAUGCAGUGGAUAUAUAUAUGACAACCAUUAAAUGUACAUCAAACUUCCCAAUUGAACUAAAACUUUUAGGUAGCGAGAUGUACGCUUAUCACAGAAAAGAAAGAACAGGGAGAAGUGCGAAAGAUGCAAAAAAAAAAACAAACCAACAUUUAUUUCUGCGAUUACCCAGUAAACUCAGUCCCGACUUCAGCUCCACCCGCUGACUCUGGCGGGGCACAUUUUCACUUGCCCCUACAUAGAGUUGUACUUUGCAACACGCAGAUAUGUUCUUUUAUCGCCAAAUACAGUAUACAGUUUCUUUAAAUCACCUGUACUUGUCUUGACCUUUUAACUGUAGUCAUGUGAUUAAAUAGAAGACUGCAACAGAACAAAAUUUUAGCUUGCUGGCUAGCUCACGUGUGCAUUGAUGAUGUUCAGAUCGUUUUUCGUAGCGAUGUCACACAUUUGCACGGUCACGGGUCGCUAGGCAGAAUAUGCAAAUAGGUUUUGUCUGCAGCUUGGGGCAGAGGGCCUCACUGCCCCACUGGGCAGAAAAAGGACAAAGAUAGCGGCAGGAUAUAGACUGAAACUCCUCAAGCAAAAUUCACAGCGAGUUUGAUUGAAUUACUGUUCUGCAAGUUUAUUUCCCACACAAAAGCGCAACCUGCCGGAUCUGGCGGGCACUGCCCGACUAGAUCCUUCACAGAAUCAUGCGUUGCUACAAUCAGGUUUGUUUUUGUACCUUCAUACAUUCUAUUUUCUUUCAGUUGGUUGAGAGCGAUUAAAUAGGAAAUGUCGCAACAAUAACAAGAAGCAGCCACAACAAUGUAAACCAUUUGUUUUCCUAGUGAUGUCACACAUUUAUGGUGUCACUUGUUGCUAGGUGGAAUUUGUAAACCAGAUUUACAAAAAUACCAACACCAAAAAAUGUCUUUUAUGCAUGAUCUACUGUUUCAUCAGCAAUGUGGGGCAGAGGGCCUUGUUGCCCCACACAACACUGAAAGGAUGUAAAAAAAAUCAAUCAAUCAAUCAAUACUCUACAAAUGACUAAAUCAGUACUUUGUGAGCCGUUUUUCUUCAAAGUGCCACCUUCUGGAUGUGGUGGGGCGCUUGCCCCACUUGCCCCUUCACAGAAUCCUUCAAUUCCAGUAUUCUGUCUUUGAAUUUAAAAAAAACAACUGUAAUUUA